AUGGAGGGGGUACUCGGCAUAGAUGUCACUUUUCUGGGUGAGUUUCACUUGGAAAUCAACGAGGAUAAUGACGGGACAUUAUCGUGUAAGGAUGCCUUGGAAAUAGGAGAGGGAAACGUCCCGUUCCUGGAAGGUUCCACCAUCGGCAUCUUCUGUGGAAACAGCACCCCGCCAGACCAGAGGAUUGACAUGAAGCAGAUGUGGGUCAACAUGUACUCAGACAGGAAUGUGGAAAUGUCAGGAUUCCGACUGGUAUACAGAUCAGAGCUGGACGUGUGCUACAGCUCCCCCUGUACUAACGGAGGCACGUGCAUGUCUGACCUGACCACCUACACGUACACCUGCAGCUGUCCACCUGGAUGGCAGGGGACUAACUGUGAAGUUGACGUUGAUGAGUGUGUCAGCGAUCCGUGUCAAAAUGGCGGCGUAUGCUCACACGAAGUUGGAGUUGACUUUUACCAGUGCACCUGUGAACCAGGAUUCGCUGGGGUCAACUGUGAAAUAGACAUCAAUGAGUGUGAGAACGUCACCUGUCAGAACCAGGGUAGCUGUGUGGACUUGGUCAACGACUUCCUCUGCAACUGUACUGCUGGGUGGGAGGGACGGCUCUGUGAAAAUGGUAAGAUAUAG